UCGCAGGAUCUGGCACUCACUGCCCCUGGAACGUGACUCUCUCGGCUUCUCUCAUCUUUCUCUCCGGACACCAUGAGCUUCAGCACCCGCUCCAGCUUCUCCUCCAACUACCGGGCCCUGGGCUCCGUGCAAGCGCCCAGCUACCGGGUCCGGCCGACCAGCAGCGCGGCCAGCGUCUAUGCAGGUGCGGGGGGCUCGGGCUCCCGGAUCUCCGUGUCCCACUCCACCAGCGUGCGGAGUGGCUGGGGGUCCGGGGGCCUGGCUGCGGGGGCGGCCGGAGGCCUGGCGGGCAUCGCGGGCAUUCAGAGCGAGAAGGAGACGAUGCAGUGCCUGAAUGACCGCCUGGCCUCCUACCUGGAGCGGGUGAGGAGCCUGGAGGCUGAUAACCGGAGGCUGGAGAUCAAAAUCCGGGAACACCUGGAGAAGAAGGGGCCCCAGGUCAGAGACUGGGGGCAUUACUUCAAGAUCAUCGAGGACCUGAGGGCUCAGAUCUUCACAACUUCUGUGGACAAUGCCCGCAUCGUUCUGCAGAUUGACAAUGCCCGUCUUGCUGCUGAUGACUUCAGAGUCAAGUAUGAGACAGAGCUAGCCAUGCGCCAGUCUGUGGAGAGUGACAUCAAUGGGCUCCGAAAGGUCAUUGAUGACACCAACAUCACUCGGCUGCAGCUGGAGACAGAGAUCGAGGCUCUCAAGGAGGAGCUGAUCUUCAUGAAGAAGAACCAUGAGGAGGAAGUAAAUGGUCUACAAAACCAGAUUGCCAACUCUGGGUUGACUGUGGAGUUGGAUGCACCCAAAUCUCAGGACCUCAGCAAGAUCAUGGCAGACAUCCGGGCCCAGUAUGACGAGCUGGCUCGGAAGAACAGAGAGGAGCUAGACAAGUACUGGUCCCAACAGAUUGAGGAAAGCACCACCGUAGUCACCUCGCAGUCCGCUGAGGUACGAGAUGCUGGGGUGGCACUCACAGAGCUGAGACGUACGGUCCAGACCUUGGAGAUCGACCUGGAGUCCAUGAGAAACCUGAAGGCCAGCCUGGAGAACAACCUGCAGGAGGUGGAGACGCGCUAUGCCAUGCAGAUGGAGCAGCUCAACGGGAUCCUACUGCACCUGGAGUCAGAGCUGGCCCAGGCCCGGGCUGAGGGGCAGCGCCAGACCCAGGAGUACGAGACCCUGUUGAACAUCAAGGUCAAGCUGGAGUCUGAGAUCGCCACCUACCGCCGCCUACUGGAAGAAGGGGAGGACUUCAGCCUUAGUGAUGCCCUGGACAGCAGCCUCUCCAUGCAAUCCAUCCAAAAGACCACCACUCGCAAAAUUGUGGACGGCCGAGUAGUGUCUGAGGUCAACGACACCAAAGUUCUCAGGCGUUAAAGGCAGCAGAAGUGGGGGGGCCCCUUGGGGAGGGGCAGGAGGCCAAUAAAAAGUUCAGAGAUCAUUGAA